UUCGAACUUCUCCAAGCUCCAAGAAAUAGCCAUGGCUGCUGAAACCACAUCAUGCUUUACUUUCCUGAAGGAAGGCCUGCUCCUCCCCACGCAAAACCCAAAGCUCUUCACGCCCGUGCUCCUCCUCUUGGCCGUCACCACCUUCCUUACCUCCACAGUCCAAGUCCUGUUCAUGCAGCCUUUCACCGACGACAUGUUCAGCCAUCUCGUCGAGUUCAAGAACACCGACUUCUCGAGCUACGAGUACCCUGCGCUCCUGGAGGCGAUAAAGCAAGAUGCGGUAAUCGUCAUCCCUGAACUGAUCAUCGCGUUGGCGCUUGGCUUCGUCGUACAGAUCCUCGCCUUGUUCGCGGCCUUCACGACCUACUCCGGCGACCGCUACUCGCUCGCGGAGCUCGUCCGCGAGAUCAGCAAGGGGAGCGCUCUCAAGGGCCCUUCCAUCACCGCCGCCGUGGCCACCGCGCUUGGCUUGGCGUGGAUCGCCGUACUGGUGGCCCUGCUUUCGGUCAUGACGACGCGUGGCCAUCCGGUCGUUCUCUCCGUGCAGGGUCUCGUGUUCGCCCUCGCGUUCCUCGGUUUCCUCUGCUUCGCCGUCGUCGCGGUGGUGAGCGUCGCCGCGUCGGUGGCCGACGAGGAGUGCAGUGGCGUACGCGCGCUCCGGCGGGCGUGGCGGCUCAUGACGCGGGUGAGGAGGAAGGAGGGUCUCGUGCUGGUGCUGGUGGCACACCUCCUGCCGGCCGUUGUGAAUCCGGCGUACGGGGUUGCUGUCGCGUAUGCGAAGAAGAGCAUGGUCAUGACUUUGUGCAUGGUGGCUGUGCAUGCUUUUCUGUCUGGUGCGCAGCAACUGUUCUACUUGGCAGCAGCCAUGGUGUACUAUUACGAGGCCAUGGAGAGCAAGGAGGUGGCUCCUUGUGGAUAUGCCAAAGAUCCCAUCAGGGGAAGGAAAUGUCCGACUGAUGAUCCAUAAGAUCGUUCCAAGGACUGCUCGUUUUGUUG